CAUCCAUUGACUCCCAAUCUCUGUACCCACCUCAAUCAGCUCCCCAUACAAACAUGUCCACGCGCAAGAGAAAGCAGGAUGACGAGGAGCUUGUAGCUCUUCCGUCAGACGAGGAGGAGAGCGAAGAGGAAUAUGACGAGUCGGAAGGCUCUGAGGCAUCUUUUGAUGAGGAAGAAGAAGAGGAGUCCGAGGAGGAGGAAGUAGAGGCUCCACCUCCAAAGAAGAAGGCCAAAUUGGCCAAGGAUGCCAAAAAGAAGGGUGAAGAGCCCCAAGAGGAAGAGGAAGAGGAAGAGGAGGUAGAAGAAGAGGAGGAGGAGGAAGAGGAGGCUGAAAAUGGAGAGGAGGAGGGCAGCGAGGGAGAGGAGGCCAAAGCUACCAAGAAGAAGGCCGCUCCUGCGAAGGAACAAAAGGUGUCAGGUAGCAAGAAGGAGGCUGCCAAGGUUACCGCAGAUGACGAUGAUGAUGAGGAGUAGCGGUCGGUCGAUGGGACUGACGUAUGCGCUCCGAGUAUGAACACUUCAGUUGGUGUCGCUAUUUCCCUGGGCAUCUCAUGCCGCUGUUUCUACAUGCUAUAAACAGUCUGGAGCGUCCAAUGCAGGCUCAUGUCAUAGCGCGGAGCAGAUCACUGUGCAACUCUCGCCUCCGCCUCCUCUCUUCACCC